CUUGAAAUAUGGCUGUCAUGCGCUUUUUGUUGUCAAAAUAAGCUGUGUAGUCCCAGCUGCUGCUAAAUUUAAUUUGUAAUUUGUAGCGUAAAACCCCAAACACCGAAAAUGUGUUUAUAGUACGAAAUUAACCCUACACUUUUCUAAUUGUUAUAAUUUUGUAUGUCGACAGUGAAAGUACAAGAUGCUGAAAUUAUCCUUCUUGAAUCUAAUGGUACCAACGAGUUGACAACAAUGGUUACAAUGAAGAAUCCAGCGAAUAAACAAAAUAGCUUUUCAGUGUUCAAACACAUUAAGUAUGAACAUCUUUUAGCAGGCAUAACAGGGGGGGCAUUGUCAACAUUAAUUCUGCAUCCUUUAGAUCUAAUGAAAAUAAGAUUUGCAGUUAGUGAUGGCCGAGCAUCUAUACCUCAAUACAGCAGUUUAACGAGUGCAUUUUACACAGUUCUUAGACAAGAAGGUGUGAAAGGAUUAUACAGAGGUGUAGCGCCUAAUGUUUGGGGUUCCGGGAGUGCCUGGGGAUUUUAUUUUUUAUUUUACAAUUCGAUAAAAAAUUGGAUUCAACAAGGAGACGCACAAUAUUCUUUGGGGCCCAGUUUACACAUGUUAGCUGCGUCCGAGGCUGGUAUACUAACGUUAAUAGUAACAAAUCCGAUAUGGGUAGUGAAAACAAGGCUGUGCUUACAAUACGGUAACGAGGAUAUGUAUAUAUCGCGAGGUGGUCAGUUCUACCACGGGAUGUCCGAUGCUCUAGUGAAAAUUUACCGUUCGGAAGGAGUGAAGGGGCUUUACAGGGGUUUUGUUCCGGGCAUGUUCGGAGUCGUCCACGGCGCAUUGCAGUUCAUGACUUACGAAGAAAUGAAGGCGUUUUACAAUAAAUAUAGGAAAUUACCUCAUGACAACAAAUUGACAUCGGGAGAAUACAUAGGUUUCGCCGCGAUAAGUAAAUUGAUAGCAGCAGCAGCUACGUAUCCGUACCAAGUGAUUAGGGCCAGAUUGCAAGAUCAACAUCAUUCGUACGAGGGUACAUGGGAUUGCGUUAGGAAGACGUGGAAGUUCGAGCGGAUGGCGGGAUUCUACAAGGGCUUGGCCCCUUACCUGCUCCACGUCACGCCUAAUAUAUGUCUAGUCAUGUUAAUUUAUGAGAAAUUUACUAAUUAAAUUAGCGAAUUAUGCAGCGAGUCUCCGUAAAAGUUAAGUGUGCAUUCUAAUUCGAAUUCGUUUGCAUUGGGCUGCGGUGCAGAGCUUUGUUUGGUCGAAGCUUAACUCUUAUAGAGACCAUUCGCAGUCACUUUUUAGUGUGGUUUUCAAAUUAAAUGGCAUUAGUUUAUUACAUGAAUCAAUUAAUUAAAAACCCUAUGUUUAGCGGAUAUUUGUUGUUACUGUGAUCACUUAACAUUAUUUGCGCGUUCAUUUUGAAUUUCAGAUUUGUACCCGCUUUGGUAAGUAUAAUGAGUCUUUGGCACAUUGGUUGUUGUUGACGAGGAUUUGAAAUUAAUAAAAAAACAAUGGAUCCAAUAUUUAUUAAUCAUAAACAAUUUUUUAUAUUGUUUUUAAUUAUUAACUUCUGAAUAAUGUUAAUUCUUGCAACAACGACUGUGCUAUUUCUUUGUGCAUCAUUUGUUUUGUUUCACAGUAAGAUCCAUUGUUCUGUUGACGAAGCGACUUGAUAUUGUUAUUCAUUUCGAUCAGCUGGAAAAAUAUCGCUUGCUUCAUUUUCGGAACGAAUAAUUUCGUGUGAUUUAUCACUUUUGUUGCGUAUACUUAAUAAACAAGGCCAAAAGUUGAGGAUUUUUAUUGAAAUUUUGCAACUUAAAUAUUUCCAAGUUUUGGCCUUUUACUUCAAAGGCACUGUAUACAGAGGGCUCGAAAUUUAACGUAUAAUAAAAACUACUUUGUGUAAUUAGAGAUGCAUUUUUAAAGCACAGAGGUGGAUUUGCAAAUAAUUAUUGGGCAUAAUUUCUUUUUAUAUUGCCUCGUUUGUUUCGAAUUGACUAAUAAAUAAAUGCUUUCAAUAUGAUUUUUGUAGAACUUUUGCAGAAGAUUUAAGGAAUAUUUAUUAUACAUUUAAGCACUCUAUUUGCAACUUCCGUGUAAAAUACAUCUUUGUCAUGUAGUUUUUAUACAUGUGGAGCCUGAGUUGUCUGUAAGUAUUUUUUAUCAGGCUUUUUUUGAUUAAUUCAUCGUCGAAAACCCAUAAUAAUAUAUAUUUUUUAGGAAUGUUACAGCAAUAAAUGGAAGCAUUUUAAAUAAUAGGUAUUAUAGCUCGUAUUGUAAUUUAUUUCUUAGAAGAAAUAUAUCUGAAUUUUCUUACAUAUCAGUACAUUAAAAGUAAUUUUGUAGACUACUAAUUUUUUUCAACAAGAAAAUUUAUUUUUAAUAUCGUAGCGUUAAAUCUUAAAAUGUACUUAUUUAUUGAAAUUUGACUUAGCACAUUUGUUUCGAAUUAAUUAAGCAGGGUUUUG